GGCCUGAGCAUAAUUCGACUUCAGUUGACCAGUUGUUUGCUAGUCAGAUGAGGCAGUGCUCGUGCGAUACCGCCCGAGUCGGACUGGUCGACGGUCAUGAGUUCCGUUUCGGUGAUUGGUGCAUUUCAGUAAGCACGUCGCGUAAGUUCUAUGAACAGCUCCAUGUUCCAGUACGGCUCAAAGUUUGAGCAUUCGCAGUGCAUCGUACGCCAGGAGCUCGUGUCAGCAUCCAACGCUGCGAUUUUUGUGGCUUGCUUUGAUGAGUGGUCGCCGGCCAGAGACUGUGUUGGGUCAGCUUACAGUAUACGUUGCACAGGCUACACACAGGAAUGCAAGCGUUGGUGUUGGUACUAGUGGGGUCCGUCCGAGGUGAGCGUGAAAGCCCGUCUCCAGCGGUCGCAAAAAUGAUUCAGGUCUCCGUCGUCCCGACGUACAGCAGUCGAUCGAGCAAUGUCGUGAGAUAUAUCAAGACCAGUGUCACGUCACGAAACAUGUUGGAUCUGGGUAAUUUGGGUUG